ACUGAUUUCACUAACAGACUGCUCUGUCUUUAGGUCUGACCCAGAAGCCCUCAGUGAUGAUUCUUCCUCUGACAGAGAGGCAGCAGACCACACUGACCUGCACUGCUCCUGGUCUCUGUUCUGGAUCUGAUCCUAAAUUCACCUGGACAUGGAGAGGAGCAGGAGAGAAGGACUCUCAGAUCACAGGAAACAUCACUGCUCUCAAGACUGAGGAUCUGACUGCUGUCACACAGAGACACAGCUCCACUUUGACCUUUAACCCUUCAGCUGAACACCACAACAGCAAUGUUACCUGUGAGGUCAGCUUCAGAAACAACAUCACUGCAGAGGAGACUGUGACUCUUAAUGUGACCUCCACUCUUAUAAUCCGUAAUGUGACAGUCGAUUAUUCUGGACUUUACGUCUGUAAGGCAAAACGUCAGAUCCCUACUCUGAGUACACAUGCUGAAGUAAAUAUGACAUUUCAUCCAAGGAUUUUCAGUACCUCUGGAUGUGUGGUUCAGUCGGAGGUUCUGACGUGUGUGUGUAUCAGUGAGGGGUUUCCUUUACCCACCAUCAAAUGGCCGCUGUUAGACACUGAAUACUCUGUCACUACCAAUUUCUCAAACCAUGCAGUUAACAUCAGCAUUACUGUAACUUUAAGAGAUCACAAUUACACCACUGUCGAGUGCAUCAGCAGCAAUGACAUUGGGGAAGUAAAAGAAAACCUCAUUGUUACGAGAGAAGUGUUAAAACAGUAUGCAGAUCAACAUGGACCAUGCGAAGUGCUACUCUGGCUUGGCGUUGCUGCUGUAUCUCUUAUUGUAAAUGUCAUCUGCAUAAUCCUCAUGAUGUUCCUCUGGUAUGNAAAAGUAUUGCUGGAAACUUAA